AUGGUGGAGUCAAAGUUGACAAACGAGGAAUGUCGGAGACAGAGACUCGAAGAGAACAAAAAGAGAAUGGAGGAGCUCAACCUCACUAAACUUGCUCAAGCUUUGAAACCUUCAUCUCCAAAGUCAACGCCUGUGAAGAAGUUGAGGCCUAGAAAUGGGUUGCCGGUGGAACCUUCUUCAUUACCGCUGAGAAGGUCAAGCCGUGUCUCAAAUAAGCCUCCUCCAAAUUACAAAGAUGUCCCAAUUGAACCCUUGGGAAGGCCUAGAAGGAGCUAUCAGAGAAGAGAUUUGCUGAACCGAAUAUAUGCUUCAGAUGAAACAAGGCAAUAUGCCAAUGACAGAGCAGAGAAGAUUCAAUCAGAAUUGGAUUCUGAUGUCCCAAACUUUAUCAAGCCCAUGCUUCAGUCACAUGUUACUGGAGGGUUUUGGCUGGGUUUGCCUUCCGAUUUUUGCAAGAGACACCUUCCGCAUGAGGAUGCGACAAUAACUUUGGUGGAUGAGGAUGGUGAAGAAUUCCCAACAAAAUAUCUUGCUGACAAAUCUAGCCUCAGUGGAGGUUGGAGAGGCUUUGCCAUUGAUCAUCAACUAGUUGAUGGGGAUGCUUUGGUUUUCCAUUUGGUUAGGCCAACAGAAUUCAAGGUAUAUAUUGUUACAGCACAUAAAUCAGAAGACGAUAGCGCUGAACAACGAAAAGAGAACGACGAAGAUUCCAAUGUCAUGCCUUCGGGCAGGAGCGCCAAGAGAAUCAGAACAAGUAAAAAAUAGCCCUUGAUCGGACAAACACAAGACACAAAAGAACUGACUUCUUGUUCAUCAUCCGAAUAGUACAGCGUAUGAUUGACGACUACAUAUUGAGGCUGUUGCCAACCUUUUUAACUUGUUCCUGGCACCCUUGAAUUUUGGGACUGGUUUUUAGUACUUUUGAAAUAUAAACCUCUAUAGUUUUAGCAAUGACUUUGACCGAAAUCUUCUAUUAAUGAGUUUACACUAUUGAAAAUGUUACCCGGCACCAUAAAAGAUCCCUCUGUCUUCAAUUAGUCAUUGUCUUAUAUCAG